GGCUCAGGGGCCGGAGCCUGCAACUGAGGUACAUGCCCUUGACCUGAAUCGAACCUGGGACCCUUCAGUCCCCAGGCCGAUGCUCUAUCCAUUGAGCCAAACCGGCUAGGGCCAAUGGAGGAUUUAAUAUUUGUUCCUUCUUCUUUGUCUCUUCUUUAAUAAUGACAGAACAACCCUCACAUUGUACUUUAAGAAUUUUGAUUAUUCUAGGUUAUGUAGAACUGUAAACAGCUUUCUGACAAUAAUGAACCAUUAUAGCAUCUUAAAUCACAAUUUAGCUGGAGUGAGCUUGAACCAAUGACCUGGAGGUCUCCAAUUUUGAUCUUCAGUAUUAAUUUUUCUUCAUGGCAUAUCAAGUUAGCACUCUACGUAUAUGAAUAUCUGCUCCAUGUAGGAGCUCAGAAAUCGGCCCAAACAUUUUUAUCAGAGAUAAGAUGGGAAAAAAACAUCACGUUGGGGGAGCCACCAGGAUUCUUACAUUCUUGGUGGUGUGUAUUUUGGGAUCUCUACUGUGCAGCUCCAGAAAGACGGGAAACAUGUGAACAUUCAAGUGAAGCAAAAGCCUUCCACGAUUAUAGUGCUGCAGCAGCUCCCAGUCCAGUGCUAGGAAACAUUCCCCCAGGAGAUGGCAUGCCAGUAGGUCCUGUACCACCAGGGUUCUUUCAGCCUUUUAUGUCACCUCGGUACCCUGGAGGUCCAAGGCCCCCAUUGAGGAUACCUAACCAGGCACUUGGAGGUGUCCCAGGAAGUCAGCCAUUACUUCCCAGUGGAAUGGACCCAACUCGACAACAAGGACAUCCAAAUAUGGGUGGGCCAAUGCAGAGAAUGACUCCUCCAAGAGGAAUGGUGCCCUUAGGACCACAGUCUGACCCUUGGUUAUCAUUACAGAACUAUGGAGGUGCAAUGAGACCCCCACUGAAUGCUUUAGGUGGCCCUGGAAUGCCCGGAAUGAACAUGGGUCCAGGUGGUGGCAGACCUUGGCCAAACCCAACAAAUGCCAAUUCAAUCCCAUACUCCUCAGCAUCUCCUGGGAAUUAUGUAGGUCCUCCGGGAGGUGGAGGGCCACCGGGAACACCCAUCAUGCCUAGUCCAGCAGAUUCAACCAACUCUGGAGACAACAUGUAUACUUUAAUGAAUGCAGUACCUCCUGGACCUAACAGGCCUAAUUUUCCAAUGGGCCCUGGUUCAGAUGGACCCAUGGGUGGAUUAGGAGGAAUGGAGUCACAUCACAUGAAUGGCUCUUUAGGCUCAGGAGAUAUGGACAGUAUUUCCAAGAACUCUCCCAAUAAUAUGAGCCUGAGUAAUCAACCGGGCACUCCAAGGGAUGAUAGCGAAAUGGGGGGAAAUUUCUUAAAUCCUUUUCAGAGUGAGAGUUAUUCCCCUAGCAUGACAAUGAGUGUGUGAUCCAUUACCAAGUCUCCUCAUGAAAACCACAGUGAGUCAGCCCUUCACAGAACUACUAGGGAAGAAAAUUAUUCAUCACAGUGUACAGUUAAACAAAGGAAUCUCAGUCACACCAAACCAACCUUUUUAUUUCCUGCUCUCUCCCCUAUUUUGUGAAGAAAGCGGGUCCAAACGUGAUUCAAACAACUGUACGGAGCGGCAUAUUAGAAUUGCCCUAAACUGAACUGCAAAUAAUUAUCUGUGUAUGUAUAUGUGUGGGAAAGAGGAUGUAUUGUAUAUGUGUAUGUUAUAUGGACAUAUACACAUGCAUACAUUGGCCCACAGGACAUUGUAAAAUACUAUCACAUGACAUCUUAAGUAGAAAUGAGUAGGGACUUUUAUUCCAUCCUUUUUUUUUUCACGUUUACAUUUUAAUUAUUAAAAGUUGCUCCUGCCCCUCCCUGAACUAUUUUGUGCUGUGUAUAUCACUGCUUUAUAUAAGUUAUUUUUUAAGGUGAACUCAGAUGUUAUGGUUUUGUAAAUGUCUGCAAUCAUGGAUAGGAAUAAAAUCGCUUAUUUGAGAGCUUUCAUUAAAUCGCGUCUGAUGCAAGUUACCCUGUGAAUCACAAAGUGUACUCUUUCAAAAAAAAAAGAAGAAGAAGAAACUGUCUUCAUCUUUAUGUCAAAUCAAGCAAUUUCUCAGUUACCUUUAGUGAAAAUAUUUUUGUACCUUUUGUUUAAAAAAAAAUACAUCAACAAAAGCUUAACUGGGACCUAACAGUAUAUUUCUGCAAUAACUGCUUGAGAUGAAAUUCUUGACUUGUUUGUUUUAGAUACAGAAAAUCCUUAAUUAGUACCAAUUGCUUAGAACAUAGCAAUAAAGUGAUGGGGCUUGUCAUGUUUUUAGCAACAUAUUUUCUUUAUGCCACGAUAAAAACCAGAGAGAUCAGAAAAACCAUUUGCUUGAAUCUGUCACUUGUCACCAGGAAUACUAGAGCUAAAUUUUUAAUAACAUACUAAUGUGAACUGGUAUCUGAUUUUUAUUCUGACCUUUUGUGAACAUUUUUCCACAUAGACAUUGCAGAGAAGCUGCCCUCACAUGACUGAGACUUUCAGCCCAAGGAGGAAAGAGUUUCCCCACACCCAGGGCUCUGGCUGCUGCCUUCCUGCCCAGGUGCCCAGCUUCCCAGCAGCAGCAUUGAUCUGCAGGGUCCCUGCUGGGCACUGCUCUCUGCCCAGGGUACAGCCCGAUACUGAAAUCAUUUCGGAACUGCAUUUCAUUUGGCCAUUGACGUCAGCAGGCUACAUCUACAUUGUGUCACUGUUCAGAAAAAAAAAUGAGUAAAUGCUAGAAAAAAAAUUUAACCACUUUUCUUAUGAAAGCCCCUUGCCCCAUGGCACUUUCCAGAUCUUUUAGGAUAUUUUUUGUGCAAUCCUAGGUACAAACACCAAAAUCAUAAUAGAAAAGUGUGACAACUUUAAUUGUAGACUCAGAAAGAUAAGUUGGUAAUCUUUUCUGCUAAAAUUGUGAUGUAAAUAACCAUUGAUAAAUAUCCACUAUGUUUUCAAACUCCAAAGAUUUUGAAAAGCAUUGUUUAAUUUCCGGUAAGAGGACUCCUUUCUUUAGGCUUAUGGUCUCUAACAUGUAUUUGCUGAUUCCUGACCCAGGUUAUUAUUUCUCUAAAAUUUGUAGUGAUCUAUUUCUUAUGAAAAUAAGGCGUUUGCCUGUGCAUGACACAGGGAUGCUGGGCAGAUCUGUUGAAGGGAAAAAGAGAGGCCGAGUUAAAUGUAUGUUCAGAUUUAAGUUCUAAUCAAAGGAGUCGCCGUUACAUCCUUUGCAGGAAUCCAGGACUGUGCACUGGAGAACAGCUUCAGGCUUUCAAGGACUUUCAUGAAGAAUUCAAACUAAAAGAUCUGUUUGACUCAAGCCAAGGCAGCUUGAAGAUGACACUUUGUACUGGCACAUAAAUUUACCAGAAUAAUUUUAACUUCCACUGUUUGUGAUAACUGUGUGAACACCGGCAGUCCUGUGGUUAAGCUUAAUCUAGAAUUUUCAAAUGUUUGGUUGAGUUUUUUUCAUUGUUACUGAUCUUGAAUUUCUUUUAUUUGCCUUCUAAGAAGGUAUUGUUUCUUAUUAUCACAAAGAAUCAUGGACCUUAUUUUAGUUGGCCCUUAUUUGGGGGGUAGUAUUGGAAUAUAACUAGCAAUGUGGGUUCCAUUAUUUCUGGCCUAUUUGGUUAAAAAAAGGAGUAAAAUUUGAUUUUUUUUCAAGGUAUUGCAGUCAACUCAUCAUAAGUAUUUACUUACUUUUCUCUCUUGGAACCCAGAUUAAAAAUAGUUAUUUCAAAUUUUUUAAAUUCCCGGAAUAGUUGAAAUUUUAUUUUUUAGGAAAAAAUUAUAUUCAAGAGAACCAGAAAGUAAGGAUACUUAAUUUUAAUAUCAAAUACUUUUCUCAUGUACCAAAUAGAGGAUAUGAUAUCUGUAUAUUAACUUUUGUUUAGGUUUUGAAUCAUUUAAACCUCCUUUUCUCCUAUAAGACGACAAUGUUUUCUCUUGUGUUUUCCAUCUCCAUCCAUGUGUUUGUUUGUUUUUGAUAUAUAAUACCUGUUCCUGAGUUAUUUCUACAUAUUUCACCUCCAAGUAAUAAUGUCAGCAAUUCUUGCCUACAUUGAACAUAGAAAAUGCACAUAUGAAAUGUGAAAAUAAGUAAUAGAUGAAAACGUUAAUUCUUAUUACUCUGCUUUGCAUUCUGCCUAACUCACACGGUUGAAAAUACAUGUCAGAUGCUCUCUAAGGUAUGUAUAAUCUUAGCCAGCCGUCUUUCUUAUAGUCAAGUUGCCCAUGGGAACAAAGGCUAUGGAGGGCCCUUGAUCUGGUAAUACACACAUGUUCAGUGGGUGAAUCUUUGUGCUCCUUUUCAAUGUUCCAGUUUGGACUCAGUCACUGAUGAAUAAGAAUUACACCGCUAGGAACCUGAGGUUAAGUUUUCUCUCCUGCCAAAGAUUAAUAUAUUAAUUUUGCUCUCCGAGCCAUGGAAAGUACCCAAAACACCCCUUUCCUUCUAGAAAUAAAAUAGAGAAAACUUCCAUUUCUAUUUUUAUGGUUCUCUAAGAUGUCUGAACUCCAUUGCAUUUCAUAAGUCAUUCAGUUACCACUCUUCCUGUAGUUUAAAAGACAGCCAAUGAAAUAAAUGAGUUCCGUUUGGGACACAGGAAGCCUA